AUACACCACGCGAUCACGUUCGCAGUCCCGUGACAAUGACCAACUCGACCAACGGAGCCCCUGCUCAAGAGAAGCGCUUCGGCACUUUGGCCGUCCAUUCCGGCGCUCACCAUGACCCUACGACUGGCGCUGUUAUUGCUCCUAUCUCCCUUUCCACCACUUUCGCUCAGACCAGUGUCGGCAGCCCUGUAGGUAUCUACGAGUACACACGUAGCUCCAACCCCAACCGCGAUAACUUCGAAGAAGCCAUUGCAGCUCUUGAGCACGCUAAAUAUGCCCUCGCAUUCUCCUCUGGUUCCGCAACCACUGCGGUGAUCCUUCAAUCCCUCGCGGCCGGCUCGCACGUCGUCUCAGUUUCCGAUGUCUAUGGUGGAACUCACAGGUACUUCACAAAGGUUGCCAACGCCCAUGGUGUGGAUGUUUCAUUCACCCCCACCAUCGAGUCGGACGUGGAGAAGUUGAUCCGUCCGGAGACCAAGCUCGUGUGGAUCGAAACUCCCUCAAACCCAACUUUGGGAUUGGUCGAUAUUGAGAAGGUUGCUGCCAUUGCUCAUCGCCAUGGAAUCGUCGUGGUGGUUGACAACACAUUCAUGAGUCCCUACGUCCAGAACCCUCUGGAUCACGGUGCCGACAUUGUCGUGCACUCCGUUACCAAGUAUAUCAACGGCCAUUCGGAUGUUUUGAUGGGCGUCGCUGCGUUCAACUCCGAUAGCUUAAAAGAGCGCCUUGGAUUCCUCCAGAACGCCAUUGACUCUCCACUUGCGUGCCCGCGAGGCCACCACCAACGCCACGCUAUCGCCAAGGCCCUCGAGGCUUCCCCCCAUGUUAUCUCCGUCAACUACCCCGGCAUCGAUUCUCAUCCUCAGCGUGCGAUUGCUGUCAAGCAGCACCGCCAGGGUAUGGGUGGCGGUAUGCUCAGCUUCCGCAUCCAGGGUGGCGAGAAGGCUGCUCACCUUUUCUGCAAGUACACCAAGGUCUUCACCUUGGCCGAGAGUUUGGGUGGUGUGGAGAGUCUUUGCGAGGUUCCCGCUAGCAUGACUCACGCCGGUAUCCCCAAGGACCAGCGUGAGGCUGCUGGUGUCUUCGACGACCUGGUCCGCAUGAGCUGUGGUGUUGAGGAUGCAGAGGAUCUCCUGGCCGACGUUCUCCAGGCCCUUAAGAAAGCUGCCGCCUCCGGUGAACAGAACGGCACCGCUUAA